UGAAGAAAGAAUUUCUUCAACGUAUUUUUAUCACAAGUGAAAAAAUUAAUAGAACCGUCUCAAAAUUCAAAUCAACAGAAGAAAUAGAAGUCAGUUUUCUACAAGUUCAUCAAUUUUUUCUUUUACUCUUUUCAAAACAGUAUUUUUCCAAAACAGUGUCAAAUUACAGUUUUCGUUUGCAAAACUUAUCAAAAGGGGACUCACCAUCAUCAAGAAAGGGUCUAAUUUUGAAAAAUGUCCGAAAAAGAAUUGAGGGAGUGAAAAAAAUUGUUUCCUAUGAAGGAGAAAAAUAGUGAGAAGAUUAUAAAAAGUGGAACCGAUUGGAAGGAGGAGAAGAAGAAGUGUCGAAACAAGAGUGUAGUGGAGAGGAAGAAAAAGAGAGAAUUAGUGGAAAAUCGCGAACGGAGUUUAAAAAAAGUGUUUCAAUGCAUUUCCAUAAAUACUUGAUGAGAAGAAUUUUUUUAUCAGAACGAUUUGUUAACAAUAAAGCCGAAUGCACGAUCAUGGACAUUCGGAUAAAUGUUGACAGAUCGUUAGAAAAAAUUGUGAAUAAAAUAAUAUUGGGCCUCAAUAGAUUGGCGACGCGAAAAAAUUAUUCGGAAUGCUGCAGGCUGUUAUGCUAGGUAGUGCUCCUGAACAAGGCAGACGUGAGUGGUAUCCAAAAUUUUAUCUUCACAAUCGUCGCCUCGAUUUCAGGAUGAAUCGUGGUGAACAGGAGACCCUGUUCCGUCAAAGUCGACAAUUAACGCGCAUCGUCCCUUCGCAUGAAGAUCUUGUGCUCAGUGUCCUUAAAUCGCCGAUUAAUCAACAAUCACAAUAUGGCCAGCAGCAUCAUCAUCAUUAUUCACAGGAGCAUCAUCUUAACUGCCAAGCACAUCCCAAUCACAAAAAGUGCCAUCAUCAAGGUCGCGCUUACAACGACAGUCUUCCACAAAGCAAGGACCAAUGCUCUAGGCUGACAGAGAAGCGAUACAGCGCCGCGGCCGCCUACGCUGCCCUCCAAGGCAGCGAAGACGAGCUCGUCGCUGGUGAAUCAGAGGAUGUGGCACUGAAAACACCCGGUAGUGAAACUGAGGAUACCGAUAAUGGAACGCCAAUGGAUGAACCCCCGCGGAAGUUCACUUUCCUGCGUAGAUUUCGUUCACCCCGAUUUAGUGAGACGCAUCAUAAACGUGUUCCAACACCAAUGAGGCGAAAGCAUCGUCGACGACGAAAUAAGGACGACAACAAUGAGAAUGGACAGGAGGAACAGCCACCGAGUCCGGAUCAAGUUGGCGUUCCCGAUCCCUAUUAUCCAAUUUAUCUUCCCAUUGAUCAAGCCUUUAAGGCAAAAUAUGUGUUCCAUCAUAAAAAGGGGAAAACCUUUCAGGAAAGACUUUACGUCUUCCUUGAACAUCCGGGCGGUUGGCUGUGCUUCAUCUAUCACUUCACUGUGUUCAUGGUGGUAUUGGUGUGCCUCAUUUUCAGCGUUCUCUCAACAAUAGAGCAGUACAGUAAUUUCGCAAACGAAACCUUGUUUUGGAUGGAAAUAUGUUUAGUGGUAUUUUUUGGAGUCGAGUAUUUGGUACGACUAUGGAGCGCUGGUUGCCGAUCGAAAUAUAUGGGAUGCUGCGGGCGACUGAGGUUUAUAAGAAAACCGAUAUGUAUUAUAGACUUAAUUGUGGUGGUAGCAUCAAUGGUGGUGCUAUCAGUAGGAAGCAACGGACAAGUAUUCGCCACUUCGGCUAUUCGAGGCAUAAGAUUUUUACAAAUUCUUCGAAUGCUUCAUGUCGAUCGACAAGGUGGCACUUGGAGGCUUCUUGGUUCCGUCGUCUUCAUUCAUCGUCAGGAACUUAUCACGACUUUGUAUAUAGGAUUCUUGGGGCUCAUUUUCAGCAGUUACUUUGUAUAUUUGGCAGAAAAAGAUGCGAUUGGACCAAAUGGAGAGCAAAAAACGGAUUUUGCGAGUUACGCUGAUGCACUUUGGUGGGGAGUGAUUACUGUGACGACAAUAGGUUAUGGCGACACGGUUCCACAAACUUGGAUGGGGAAAAUUGUCGCCUCGUGUUUCAGUGUCUUCGCAAUAUCUUUUUUCGCACUUCCAGCUGGUAUACUCGGUUCUGGCUUUGCUUUGAAAGUGCAACAAAAGCAGAGGCAGAAACACUUUAACCGACAAAUUCCGGCGGCUGCAAUGUUAAUACAGUGUUUAUGGAGGUGUUACGCGGCAGAUAAGGCCAUCAACAGUGUUGCCACGUGGAAUAUUUACAUAAAGGAUCCAACACCAGCCGGACAACCAUCGACACCACUGGGAAAGUUGAUUUGUGUAAAGAAGAUGUCUCUGAUGAUCCAGGUGGCCAAAAAGGCGAGUGUCCUGAAGAGGCGAAAAUCCCGGAAUCGAAUGGAUGUACAACAACAAACUCAACAGCAGCAGGCAUUACCGCCGGUAACGAUAUCCAGUGGCGGUGGCGGCGGUGGCACAACUACCGGGCAAAAUGGCUCACAACAACGAAUGGAGAAUGAGAACGACGUAGUCUUCUACAUGGAGGAGCCAAAAGCGAGUACGCCUAAUAGAGCGAGAAGAGACAAUCGGGGAAGCCUCUUCACUUCGCAAACGAGCUCUGUGACGGAGGCUGCCAGCGACGAAAUUGACAUUGACAUCGAGGAGCCCCAAAGAGUUACCACGUUAACGGAGGCACAUCGAAAUGCCAUCAGAGCAAUCAGAAAGAUCAAAUACUUCGUGGCCCGUAGAAAGUUCCAACAAGCUCGCAAGCCCUACGAUGUGCGGGAUGUAAUCGAGCAGUACAGCCAAGGACACCUAAACAUGAUGGUGCGAAUAAAAGAGUUGCAGAGGAGGUUGGAUCAAACCCUGGGUAAACCAGGAAGCUACCUGGCAGGCAUCGACCGCGCAGGCAACGUAAAGCCAAUGACGAUUGGCGCACGCCUCUACCGCGUGGAGCAGCAGUUGGCUGUUAUGGACAAGAAACUUGAUCAACUGGUCCACGUGGUAAAUGCACUGGCGCAGAAAUUACAAAUUCCCUUGAGAAGCGUCGAGGAUGAUGUGUAACAAAUAGCCCCCGUCGAUUUUACGCUGUCACCGACACUUAUUAAAUGCUUUAUUCCUUAGUUUCUAAAAAGCGAAAGCAAAUAGUCAAACUAAAAGUGUUCAGCGGGAAUCGGUGAAAUUUUUCAACAUUUGAAGAUUGAAUUCGAUAUUUCCAUCUUCAUAAAUAUACAUAUGUGUAUAAAUAUAAACGCUGCUUCUCGUCCAAUUAAAGGCAUAACGAAUGGAUUCGCGACUAUAUAUUACCUUAAUGCUAAAUACAAGGAAAGUGGCCUUCAACCGAUUACUGUUGAUCAUCUAAUGCUGUAAAGAAGAAAACAUUAUUUUUUACAUCGAAUGAGAAAUUUUAUUUCUAAAGCAUAAAGAGUGGAUAUUCGGAGACAUGCGCGUAAAUAUUAUUAUUUUUUUUUAUUGUUAAUAGUUGAAAGUUCUUUUUCUUUAAACACAAAAAGAAAAAAAUUAUUGAUGCUAUUAAAUUAUUCAGUGAAUAUGACAUAAAAUGAGAAUUAUAUAUAUAUACAAUACAUGACAAAAGUAUGGUUUAUUUUUGAAAUCGUGAAAUAAUUUAAUAAUGUCAAUAUAAUGAUAUUGUGAUUAGUGAAGUGGCUCAAAAAAAAAUGUUUGAGUGGUUGGCUAUAUAAUGUUAAUAAAAUCAAGACGAAGAGAGAAGAAAAAAUAAAAAGAGGUCGCAGAAACUUCUUUUUAGCUCAUUGUCCUUAAAAUACAAAACUGAUAAUGAUAAGACAUAUCUUCGAUUUAAGAAUCGUUUCUUACGAAGUUAGGUAAAUAUCGGAUACAAGCGAAAUAAGUUCAUAUAAAUAAAAUAAAUAUUUUUUUUUUAUAAAAAUUAAGACACCUGUCAAGUUAUAAAAAAAACAGGUAGCGAAGCUAUACGCACACAGAAAAGUCACAAAAUGACGCAAAGAUAAAGAUUUUCAAAAUCUUUCCCAAUUAAAGAAAAAAAAAUUUAUUCUCGACAAUUUUUUUUUCCAAUAAUCGUCUUUUUUUCAUUUAAAUUUUUAUUUUCAUAAAAAUAAAAGAGAUUGUCGAGAAUGAAAAAGAAAAACGAUUUUUGCGUCAUCUGCACAAAAAAAAAUUUUUAAUGGAUCAGAUCACAGCUUCGUAAGUUUGCACCAUAAAAAAAAAUAUACUUUCAUAUUGUGUUCGUUCCAAAUGAAAUUUUGAGUCGGAAAAUUCUCACCGAAUGAAUAUUUAUUAGAAAUGAUGAUAAGAAAUCGUAAAAACUGAGUCAAUCCGUGUUAAUAUAUUAUGUGACCGGACUAGUGUCGUUAGCGGCGCAACAAAAAUGGAGUGAAAAAAAAACAAUAAAAAUAAACGCCUCACGCGCCGAUAGUCCGGUCUUCCAAAAAAAAAGAAAAUAAAUUAUUAAUCAAUUAAUUAAUAAUAAUUAAUCUUAAUUCUAGUCGUAAAUUUAUUUCGCUAAAUUAGUCUUCGAUACACCAAAGAAUCGCAGUAAUAUUAAUUAAUAAGAAAAUAGAAAUAUAAAAUUUACUGUAAAUAUUGCAUUACUUUAUAUAAAUAAUAAUUAUUAUUAUUAAUGAAAAUAAGCAAAAAAGGUUAAAAAAAAAUAUAAUUCGAAAUAAGCACGAAUAUCGCUCGAUCUUAUAAAUAAAUAUACAUAUUUACAUAUGUGACACGCUCUGAAAAAAUGUACAUACUUUAGAAAAAAUUUUUAAUUUAUGUGUUUGCAUUACUAAUGAAAAGUUUCAGUGUUUAUAGUUUAAAACAAAAAUCAGUUUUUCUCAAUAAUUUUCAAUAAAAAUGAAAAUUAAAACAUUGUUUAUUUCUCGCAUUUUCAAUCAAUAACAAACAUAACCUAAAAUUUUUUGUCUUCUAACGUUUAUUUUCUUCUCGGAGCGCGUCACAUAUACAUUAUAUACUCAAAUAAAUAUCAACAUCGCCGAUACGAUAUUAUUUUCUCCAAAUCGAUUGCACGCAAUUUUAUAUAAAUAUACAUAUUAUAUUAUAUAUAUAUAAAGAAAAAAAUACGAAAAUAUAUUGUAAUCCGGAUUACGUUUUAUGAUAAAAAAAGAAUCUUCGAUUGAUAUUUAAAUUUUCAAUAUACAUAGUGUACAAUAUUAUCUCAAAGAAAAAAAGAAUUAGAAACUAAUUAAAAAUUUCGAGAAAAAAAAAUUGAUCGGCUAUAUUUUAAGGUAAGGCGUAAACGAUAAUGUUCUUAACGUUCCGCAUAUUAUGGACUCAUUGUGAUCUCAAACAAGAUGCAUUUACGAUGUUAUUAUAUCGAUAUAUUUGCAUUUCGGUCAAAAUUUCUCGAAAAGAAAAAAGAAAUAUAGGGAAUAAUUAUUUAUUGUAAAUUCUGUAUUAAGAUUUUUUUUGUUCAUAAAUACAAAUCAAUAUAUACCUUGUUGUUCAUCAAUUUUUUCUAAAGUUAAAAAUUUUGUUUUUUA